GUUCUGGUUCAUUAGAAAAUGUGAUGAUGAUUCCUUACUUAAAGACGCCUGCUGCGUCCCAUCAGUCUCGAGCGCUGGUGAGCCAAACACCAAAAGAUUGUACCCAGUCUUCUCGAUAUCAGCGCUCAGACACAGUGCUCAGAUCCUGGGGACUUGAACAAAUCUUUUGAGCAAAAUCUCGUCUUCUUAUACAAGUACUAGUAAAUACCAGGCAACAUGAUCCUCGCAUAUCGUUGGGCGCGCAACAAGCACCAGCAACGCCAACAAGCGCGCGAUGAGGAGCCACUGGGAUCGCCCCCGACCAACACGGUAGAACUCCCUGUGCAAGCACACACGGAAGCAACAGAACAACUUGGAAAAACCAAAAAAUCAUCUCAGAGUCUCGAACCGCCGGCAAAUGCCAUCCAAAACGGCACCCCGGCGGCCGUGCCAAGUGCCAAGGCCGUGGCCAAGUCGGAGAAACCGGAGGCCACCCCGGAGGAGAAGGCGGAACAGCGCCGCAAGAGAGUGUACCGAUGGAAGAUAGUCAUCGGCCUUUUCGCACCUUUCACCCUGCAGAGCCUGGACACAACUAUCAUUGCUUCUGCUCUGCCAUUCAUAGCGUCUGACUUCAACCAGCUCUCCCAGCUCAACUGGAUAAUAUCCGUAUUCAACCUCACCUCAGCCGCCUUCCUGCCCUUUUGGGCCCAGAUAGCCGACAUCUUCGGCCGGCACGCAACGAUCCAAACGACUAUCAUCCUCAUGAUUAUAGGUUCAGCAAUAUGCACAGGGGCGCCAACAGAUGCCUUCGGUGUCCUUCUCCUUGGGCGCGCGAUCCAGGGCGUCGGCGCUGCAGGUGUCAACAUCAGCGUGCGUGUUAUCCUGGCCGACAAGGUCUCGCUAGCCGACUACGCCGUCAACUGGACGCUGUUUGCCCUCUUCUCCGGCCUUGGCUUCAGCAUCGGCCCCGUGAUAGGCGGGUACCUGACGCGCGCGAGCUGGAGAUGGUGCUUCGCCAUCAACCUCCCCGUCGGCGUCCUCGCAAUCGUGCUGGUCGCCGUGGUCCUGCGCCGCGAGCUGCUUGGCCCGCAGCCCAUCGCUGGGCUGGACGGUGAGAGCGGGCGGGACCAUGCGGUGGUGGCCUGGCGGGCAAGACUCGGCGCCAGGCUGAUGACUCUCGAUCACGUCGGCCAGUUGCUCUUUCUCUUCGGCCUCGGCCUGCUCAUCCUGGCGUUCACGUGGGCUGGCGGCACGUACGGUUGGGGGUCGGCGGCCGUCGUUGCGCCACUUGUCAUUGGUGCCGUGCUCAGCGUUGCGUGGGUAUUUUACGAGUACUCUAUGGCUUCGCCGCAUCUCAUGUCCCGGGUGUUCCCCAAGCAGAGGGCCAUGAUGCCCUGGGAGCUGCUUGCCAAGCGGGAUAUCUGCCUAUUGUUCUUCGUGAACUUCGACAUCGGGGUGGCUAUGUUUUCUGUGAUGUACUUUAUGGAUCUGUACUUCUCACUUGUCGAGGGCCACAGUUCCAGUGAGGCUGGGCUCUCCUUGUUGUACUUUCUUCCUGGACUCGGAUCUGGUGCAUACUCCGCGAUGUUUUGUGUGAAUAUCUGGCCCCGUCAAACUCUUCACCCACUGCUUCUGGGUACCAUCUCAUCCUCUGUGGGCAUCACAGUCCUGGCUUGGGCUAUAUCUGCCGGGCAGACCAACACCAUCUAUGGCAUGAUGGCACUCACCGGUUAUGGCGUUGGUGUCCGUCUCAGUCCAGCAUCGAUGCAUGGGCUAGCCUACUUUCCAGCGAGUACAGCAGCCAUCACCUCCUUGUUUUCUUUUGCUGUGCCGUUUGGCGGAAUGAUUGCCUUGACGACUAUGAGCACCGUAUUCAACAAUAGGAACGAGGUGAACCCGAAAGACGGCGUGACAUGGGCGUAUGUUUCCGUCAUUCCGUUUGUGUGGCUCUGCACAAUUUUGACAACUUUUCUUGGCAACGUCUGGGUUAGGAAAGAAGGGGACCACGAAGUAGUCAAUGGAGCUUACUUCUGGAGCCUUUUCACUCGUAAAUCGCUACACAAGGAGAGGAGGUCUCGUGAAGGGGCUGGCUGGGCUGGUAGGGCUGUCUCUAACACCAAUACUCAAGCGGUUGUAAGUGGUGACGAACACAGAGAUACACAGACGGUGUAGAUUAUGGUCAUGUUACCCGGAUUCUUUAAAGACGCUUCAUGGGUUUAGCGGCUGUAGAUACAAUUAAUCUCAAGGUACCAGUUCAAGGA